CUAAAUUGUUAUUAGCAGCGUUCGUUUUUGUGAGGUUAAGUUUUUAAAAAUUAAAAUUCUACAAUUCGCAAUUCUAUAAAAAAUAUGGCAUCUUCGGGAGAAAAAAGAGAAAAGCAAUCGACAUUGCCAUCUUCAGAUCAAAAAGAAAAGAAACGAAAGGAAUCUAUUUUAGAUCUUUCCAAAUAUUUAGAAAAAACUAUUAGAGUUAAAUUCGCAGGAGGAAGAGAAGCUAGUGGUAUUCUAAAAGGAUACGAUCCACUUUUGAACCUCGUACUAGAUAAUACUUCCGAAUAUCUUAGAGAUCCUGAUGAUCCUUACAAACUUAUAGAAGAUACCAGACAAUUAGGACUUGUUGUUUGCAGGGGAACCAGCGUAGUUCUUAUUUGCCCCAUGGAUGGAAUGGAAUCAAUACAGAACCCAUUCAUUAGUCAAGAUUAAUUUUUUUAAAAACUCAAGGAUAAUUCGGUAUAACAAGAAUUUAUGUUUAGUUUUUAUUUGGUAUGUAUAAGAAUAUUCCGAAUAACGAGGCGUUUAAUAAAUUACUUUUUUAAAAA